UCCGCGCUCGAGCGGUGUAGUGAUGGUAUAAUUGGUUGUGUUGUGUGCGUUUGUAUGUUUAAACGCCGUGUUUAUUAAAAUUACUUGUGGUGUUUUAAUGGCAGUCACUUAAAUAAAGGAUGAAUUUGUUUUGUGAUAAUGGGUGAAAAGAAUCGAAACGUAUUUUCAAUACUUUCUGUAGUGGGUAAGAGACAGUGAGACGUGUACAAGAGCAUUGAAUGGCGGAAGAGAAGAAUUUGGCUGUGGAGGGAAGGUAUAGAUGUGAACAUAUAUGGUCCCUGUCGAUGGCCACUGAGACCGUCCCGUGGCCGCCUGCAAGCAACGGAACACGAGCGCUCCGCCAUGUACAGCAGCGUGGCAGCCCACCAUAACUACAGCGCGAGUGGGGACAAGCUUAGCAACCGGCAGCAGCAGGAACAGCAACAGGAACAGCAGGACGACCAGAAUAACCAACAGGAAGAUGGUGGCGCUACCCGGCGACAUAGUGCCAGGCACCAUCGCCGCCGCAUGUCCAUCACCACGCGACUCUUCAAUUACAUCAAGCAGCAGUUCCAUCCGGAGAAAGAUACAGAGGAGGAGCUGGAUGAGUUCAACAUUCACGUGGCCCGGCAUCGCCCGGAAGAACUCACCAAACUGGCCAAGACCACAAAGUUCUCUCGCAAGGAGAUACAGCUCAUCUACCGGGGCUUCAAGCAGGAAUGCCCUACCGGAAUGGUGGACGAGGAAUCGUUCAAGAACAUCUUCUCACAGUUUUUCCCGCAAGGAGAUGCCAGCCAGUAUGCCCACUAUGUGUUUAACACGAUCAAACACAACCAGACGGGGAAAAUAAGCUUCGAGGAUUUCCUCGGCAUCCUGUCCAAAGUGUCUCGAGGCAGUGUUCAGGAGAAGCUCCAGUGGAUAUUUGGCCUGUACGACUUGAAUGGAGACGGUCUCAUUACUAAAAAUGAGAUGCUGGAUGUGGUGACGUCAAUCUAUGAGAUGCUGGGUCGCUCCACGGAACCGGUCGUGGAGGAGCAUUCGGCUAAGGAACACGUAGAGAAGAUCUUUCAUCAAAUCGAUACGAACAAGGACGGAGUGGUGACAAUUGACGAGCUAGUGGAAUGGUGUUCCAGAGACGAACAGAUUCUCCAGUCCCUGGAGACGCUGGAUACAGUGUUGUGAUCCAGAUACAGGUGCCACCUGAGGGCGGUGUGCGCGAACUAAUUGUGAAAACGUGUGCUGUGUUCAUCGACUGUGGUGAAUCGAUAGUUUCGGGAGACAGCGACUUGAACGUGCUGGAGGUAACUCGUGACUCAUGUUUGGGCUGCUUGGUGGAGGGGAGGGCCAAAUAUGCUCUCUAGAUAUUUUUGCGUUGACGGCAGUUAUCUUAUAUAAACGUCAAAUUAUGAUGUACGUAUGUUAGUAUGAGUUAAAAAACAACGAUACGUCAGAGCCAUCUAUGGGCCACAUGGAGCAUUAUUGUAAUCAGCAAAAAAUAUCCGGUAAACACUGCAAAACCUGUUUAACCCUUUAGAGCCCCAAGUCCAAGUAAAUAAUAUUUUAAUGUUAAUUUCCUACCUCAUAGAAAACACACUAACGACUUAAUACUGAUCAGGGAAAUAUUGAUGUUCUGAGAAUAAUGUGAAAUGUACUUUGUGGGUACAAUGCAGAGUUUCUGAAUGUUGAAGCAGGUGGUGUAAACAGGUAUCCACUAUGCUUUAAAUAGUUAAUGCAAGUCGGUCUGAAGGACAUAACGAAAAGAAGCUUUAGGAAAACGUUCUGGUGAUCAGACCCGUGUAAUAAUGAAAAUCAUGACCAAACAGUUGGCACAUAGGCAGUCAAAUUAUUAUUCCAUUAUAACAUUAACACACUCUUCAGUUCAAAACUGUUUAAGUAACUGUUUAAGUAAAGAACAGAAAAAUCACUCCCUACACAGUAAGCAUAUCCGUGUGAAGAGUGAUGUAUGACGUUUCUGUGCGAUCUCUCUGACAGUGAAACAUGAGACUUGAGUUUCAUUUCCUUAAAUUUUAAAGGCAAAAACACAUUAUCGAUUAAUUAUAAUACAAGGGAUUUUGAUUUUAUUCAGUAAGGGAUGAAUGAAGCCAUAUUUCUGGUUUUUAAAUGUUUGUAAUAAAUAUUUAAUCUUAAUUUUAUUUAACAACAGAAGUAUUGUUUUGUACUCAGAUUUCUUUGCGAAAGACAAUUGAACUACAGCAGGACCUUUGACACCUCAGUGAUCUUUAAUGAACUAAGCAUACAUUAAUUUCCAAAAUACCCAUAUAAAGUGUUAAGUGUUUCCCUUUCAUAUAUUUACAUGCAAGAUGUGGAAUGUUUUGCAAAAUUUGGCAUCUGGUCACACUGGGACAACUGUUUGUCUGUAUCACCAGUUAUCAGGCAUAGUACUGCAUUUGGCACACCAUGUGUUCAGUUUGUAUUCCACUCUGUACCUUCAAAUUCCUACAGUACUCUUCACAACAUGUUUCUGGGUAACAUCAUAUUGUAACAACCUUUCUAAUCACCGUUCAUGCUGAAGUUACAUCAUGUUAGGUACAAAAACAUGUAUUAUGCAUCCUGUUAGUAUUAUGUUCACAGUCAAUAUAAUCUCCCAUUUAAUAAAACUGUGGGAGAAGGCUCUCCAAUUUUGUGACAUACCUUAUUGUGUGGUUCUCUAAAAGUUCCACAGUAUUAUGUGUUUUAGCAGUUCUUCAUUCUUGAUUCCAUAAUGAGGUAUGACAUGAAGUGGGGUAGGUUCUCCCCCACCUUACUUUACAUUUAAUUCACAAAGUUACACAUAUGAUUAAAAGCCUAUGACAGAAGUUCUUUGCCAUAAUUUGUACAGCUUUGUCCUAAGGUUGUGAUUUUCAUGUGAGUGAAUUUAAGCAACUUGAUAAAUACCUUAAACUGCACUUUAAUGUAACUUGGAUGUAGAUGUGAUGAAGAGAAAUUUUAGGACAUUUUAAGUACCAACACAAGAAAGGUUCGUGAAAUAUCUGAAACAAACAACUAGACAUUGUUUCAGCAAUUACUAUAUAUAUAUAGUGAAAGUAUAAAUAGUGUUAUAAUGGAUUUUUUUUGUAAUUUCCCAUUGAAUGUGAUUUUGAAAAAGAUGGGAUUGCAUGGGAUUUUAUAGAAUAAGAAACAACUGUAGUCUGAUUAGCAGAAUGGAGGAUAAUUAUUUUCAAGAAA